UGCUCUGUUUAGGAGAAAGCAAUUCAUGGUGUUGCCAUGCCCAGAAGUUAUCUUGAGCUGACCCUGAAUCCCAAAGAUAAUGAAUUAGAUUACAUAAAUGCAACCAGUUUUAAUUGUGACAUAAUCCUGAACCCUGAUUUAUCAACGUUUCGAAUUCUGCCCUGGACUGAGCAGUUUGCGAGAGUGAUAUGUGAUUCCUUCACUGUGCUGGGCAACCCGCUAAUGACCUCACCGAGGCACAUUGCCAAGAAACAGCUGAGCCAGCUUCAGGACAAUGGCUUUUCUCUACACUCUGCCUUCACUUACGAAUUUUGUAUUUAUGGCAUUACUGAGGUUGUAAAUUCGAAGACAAUAUCCUUUCCCGCAGCCACGAUACUAAAUAACCAUGACCAGACUUUCAUUCAGGAGCUCAUUGAAGGAAUGUAUUAUGCUGGUGCCAACAUUGAAAGCUUUUCUUCUUCCAGUGGGCCUGGGCAAAUGGAGAUCACUUUUCAUCCAGCGUUUGGCAUAGAUGCUGCUGACAGUGCCUUCACUUUUAGAACAGGCAUUAAAGAGGUGGCUAAGAAGUAUAACUACGUGGCUAGCUUUUUCUCAGAAUCGGGAUUCUACAAUUCAGGGGCUCUGUCACAUAGCCUGUGGGAUUUGAAUGGCCAGAAGAAUUUGUUUUCUGCUGGUUAUGGAGUUGAGGAGCUCUCAGAUAUUGGAAAAAAUUGGUUAUCAGGUCUCUUGGCACACACAGCAGCUAUCAGCUGCUUGAUGGCUCCUACCACCAGCUGCCGUAAGCCUUAUUCUAAAUACAGUAAAGAAUCAAAAGAGACUGUAAAUGCAAAAUGGGGAUAUAAUGAUAACAGCUGUGCCUUUAAUGUCAAAUCUCAUGGUGGAAAAGGCACUCACAUAGAGAAUAAAUUAAGUUCUGCUACAGCAAACCCCUACCUGGUGCUUGCUGCUACUAUUGCUGCGGGUCUAGAUGGAGUAAAGAGAGGACUUAGGUAUGAUGAUAUGCUCCAAGAAGAAAAUCACGCUGCUGAUCUAAAACAUUCGUUAGUCCCUCUGAAACUAGAAGAUGCUCUUGUUGCCCUUGAGAAAGAUUCGUGCAUCAGGGAAGCAUUAGGUGAAACUUUUAUCCGAUACUUUGUUGCCAUGAAACAUUAUGAGUUAGAAACUGAAGAAAUGGAUAGCGAAAGGAAUAAAUGCCUGGGGUAUUUUAUUUAGAAGGAGCACUCUUCCGUAGUGAUGCUGUGUAAAUGCAUACAGUGAAUGGCUAAGAAUCUUGAAAUUAGUAAAUAUAUUUUAAAAUGUU